AUGACCGUCUCUCGCCCGUCAUUUUCCCUUCCUUACACCCACUUUGCCAUGAUCUAUAUAGAUCACGAGGACAAGAUCAAGACCUACGAAUCUCAGUCUAUCCAAGAACAAGACACCAGUGUGUUCAGCCCGAAAGUCUGCCAGAAUUUCCUUGAAAUUCUAGGCGAACGUAUCGGCUGCCACCGGCCCAUUGAUCAGACAAUCCCCCGUCGAUUGAGCCGACGCACGAGCAAUACAUAUACCAUGUCCGCCUCUAAAGAGCGUUUGGCUGAACAGGGUUUCGAUAGGGAUAACUUCAACGGUUCGGUUGAAAAAAUGGUCCCUUUAAGAGUUGGGGAUACAAAUAAGCGCAAUUGCUGUGUGAUUCUUAAGGCAUUUAUAAAGUUCAUCGAGCCGCACAAGCAAGUCAAACACCCGUAUAAAGGUGGGCAGCAGACUCAGCCUAAGUGGUGGCCCUCGGAUGUCAUAUAUAAGGAGCCUGAUCACAUACCGAAAGCAGACCGCAUCAAACUGCUUCUUCACAUUCUUCGCAAGCUCGGUGGCUAUGGUAUCACCGCCGAUAACUUGCAGGAAAUUGUUAGAGAUACCAAACGGGGCUUGAAGAACCCAUGCGAGGUCGAGAUCAUCUAUGAGAUCCUUCGGGUUCGAAAGGUGGAGGAACUGUUUGAGCGACGAGAAGUUGAUGCUAAUAUGGUAGCCUACAUUAUGAACCCUAGCUUUAGCAUUAAGGGGAAUGGCUCUACCAACGCAGCCUCAGUGGUUAUGGGAGUGCCUAAGCAUAAAGAGCUAGGACUGACGCUAGUAUCUGUCGAGACCAAGGAUCUUGGUUCAGUAUCAGCCUCCGCUCUCCUAGGUAGUUCAUCCAUGCCAAUGCCUCUCAACUUCGAAGUUGCCGACCGACAGGACAACCCUGACUACAAAAUGCCGCCCGAAUACACGAACCCAUCUUUAUAG